AUGGGCCUACUAGAGGAAGAAGUUUGGGAAGGUCGCAAGAUAAUUGUCAAAAUGAGAAAAUCCAUCGAAGUGAAGGAUGCCAUACUUGACCGGGUUCCCGGGAGUAAGAAGAGGCGUAUGGAUCUCUUUGACGGCACACAUACUAGUCUUGGAGCCGAUUCCUACGGUUGUUGUUUCGCUGCAUCUGACGGUAUUCCGCCGCCAUUUUCUACUGCUCCUGGUUCUACUGCACUCGCUGGUACUACACAACCUCUUGUGACUGAGGUCUCUUCUGGUGAUUGGACAAAUAUGUACAAUGCAGGCUUCCGUCCUCCUGGCCCUCCUGGUUUCACUUUCACUCCUCAGCACUACAUGCCUCAAGGUUACCCAUGGGGCAUGUCACUCAUGACUAAUGAAGGUGUUCGUCCGGGGGAGCAGAUCUAUCACUCUGAUAGUGUGGCGGGAGAUGACAAGGUGGAUACCUUUGAAGAAAAAUUUGAUGCAGUAAAGAAAAAGCUAAAGACCAUCUGUGGUAAAGAUACAUUUAGUCAGAAUGUGAAUGAUCUCUGUUUGGUUCCAAAUGUGGUGAAACCUCCCAAGUUCAAGACACCGGACUUUGAGAAGUACAAAGGGGAUACCUACCCUCAAAACCACUUAAUCAUGUAUGCAAGGAAGAUGACAGCUUAUAAGGACAAUGAACCUUUACUUAUCCACUAUUUCCAAGAUAGUUUGGCUGUUGGUAAGUGCUUUUGUCCACCAGUAGAAAUAAAAUUCAUACCUGGCACCCAACCGGAGAGAAUUGCAAGCUAUUACGCAGGGGGACAAGGAGACCUUCAAGGAAUAUGCUCAACGAUUCAUCCAGAAAUCUGCCCGCCUUUGGAUGAAAGUGAAGUGACUGAGUUGUUCUUCGAAACUCCGAGUCCAUUCUACUAUGAGAAAAUGCUUGGCUGUGUUACGCAAAAAUUUACUGAUAUGGUAGACAUGGGGGUGCGUAUUGAAGAAUGGAUCCGCAAGGGACGUGUGACUAAGGAAGGUGGUUCGUCAGGUGGUUCUUCCGAUGGUAUUAAGAAGUUUGGAAAUCGGUAUCUAAAGAAGAAUGCUCAAGAGGACGGCAUGGUGGCCCAUGGUGGAUCUCAGCCAGUGUACCCAGCUUACCCCUUUGUUGCUAACAUCUCACUAUCCAUCCCAGCUCCACAAAAUCAAAACUAUCGACCACAAAAUCCUCAAAGGCCUCCACCAUACUAUCCCCCCUUAUACCAGCAACCUUACCCAUAUAAUCCUCAACCAUUUUACCAACAAGCAUAUUACCCUCCACCACCUCAACAACUACACCCUCACCCUCAAGCCCCUCAGCAAAAGAGUCGCCCUCCAAGAGCACCAGGGCAUGAUAUUGAGCAUUGCUACCCUCUCAAGAAUGAAGUCCAGAGGUUGAUCCAGAGCAAGGAUUUGUCCUUCACAGAUUCAGAAAACGUCCUAAACAACCCUCUGCCAUUCCGUGGGCCUGCUGUCAAUAUGAUCGAGCAUUAUCAGGAAGAUGGUCUCGUUCUUAGUGCCCAAGAUAUCAAAGCUCCUUUGGUGCCAAUACAUGUCAAGAUGUGUGAGAAGGCUAUUCCAUACAAGUAUGAGUCUACAAUCCUGGAAGACGGUAAACCUCUGCAUCCUUCAGCAUCUGUGAGUAAUAUUGCUGAGAGUAGUGAAGUCUUGAGAAUUGGACGUAUUCUCCCCACUGUUGUUCAAAGGAAGACUAGUGCUCCGAUUGUGGAAGCAAUAGAAGCGUAG